AUGGUGCCAACGAUGGUACGCCAUGUCGACCUCUUUUCGGCACAAGCAGAUCAAGGUUUUCGUCGGUCCAACGCACUCUUCAAUACAACCACAAUUAUGGAGCAAGCAAUUCAGCAGAUAGCACAAAAUGUGGAGAAACAACUUGAUCUUGAGCUCGAUAGAUUAGAUACCCUAGAUAGCAGUGACUUGGAGGCCAUAAGACAGCAACGGAUCAAAGAGAUGAAAGAGAGAGCUAAACUUAAACAGGAAUGGAAAGCUAAUGGCCACGGUGAGUACACGGAGAUUGAUGGUGAAAAAGAUUUCUUUGGGGUGUGUAACAAAAGCGAAAAUGUUGUAUGCCACUUCUACCGACAUGACACACCUAGAUGCAGGAUUGUGGAUAUGCAUCUCCGUAUCCUCGCCGCCAGACACUUAGAGACGCGGUUCGUGAAGAUGGACGCGGAGAAGGCGCCAUUCCUCACAGGUCGACUUAAGAUACGAGUGAUCCCAACGCUGGCCCUGGUAAAGAGCAAUAAAACGAAGGACUUCAUUGUCGGGUUCACGGACCUCGGGAAUCGGGACGAUUUCAGCACAGAUAUCCUGGAGUGGAGAAUCGCUAGAGCGGAAGUUAUAGAAUAUUCGGGCGAUCUCUUAGUCCCCCCCCGUAGAAGGUAA